GCGCGCGCGCCGCAGUCUUCAACCGUGCGCAGUGCGCGCGACGCGCAGUACUCGCGAUACUCUACCGUAAAGUUCGACAACAUGUGAACUAUCAAGGACCAUGUUUUGUAUCAACACGUGUGAUCAGCUGGACUGUUUAUUUACACAAACAUUACUUACCCACUGUGAUUAAAUAUUUGUAUCGUGAGAACGUGAAGUGAAGUGGUGUAUGACACAUGUGAUUUGUUUGUUGUGUGUGACGGGCAUAUGGGGCAAUGCGUAUCCCGGAGUCAUCCGGGCCCUUACUCGUUCUCACGUCAUUAUGACGCGGAGAGCCUAGCCAGUACCGUCAGCGGAGCCGUCAGGAGGGGUCACUCUGAGUCGAAGGGUGCAAAGAAGCGAGAGAAGAGCAGCUCGGGCAACGGCAACAAGCCCAGCAGGGGCGUGGCCACUUCCUUCGGGUUCCGCCGCCGACCGGCCAGCACCUCGCGUGCUGACGACAACUCGCGCAGGAAACAGAAGGCGCAUGAUAAGAACGGGAAUGGAGGUUCCACGGAGGAUUUACGUCCGGAGGAGGUGUUGUCGGGCCGGUCGACGCCUCUCGCGAGACCCCGCAAGGAGACCGCCGGCCAGCCAUUACGUUCCACCAGGUUCGGUUUCAGGCAACAACACGCCAAAACUGCGAAGGUCGGGGACGUGAGCGUGGCUGCGGAACCGGCCUUCGGAGCCCCGCAUAAGGACAAGGAGUCUACUAUCAAUAACAAUGCAUUAGACAAAAAGGCGGGGUACAAUCAGCUGCCGUUGCAGGCGACGCAGGUGUCUUCAACCGGGGUGACCACCGUGGUCGGGGCUGGAGGCGUGCCCAAGACCCUCACUAAACAGACCGUCAUACUGACGUAUCAAACGCAGCAGAUACCUGCACAGGAUGGCCGGCCAACCAAAAGCGUGCGGAUAUCAGAGCCAGCUACAACGCGGGGUGCAUCCGUACCCCGAGUGCAGCCUGAACCCCAGCGGGCUCCUGGGAAGUACACCUUCCAGACCACGCAGCUGCCCAGACCCCAGUUCCCAGCUGUCAAGAACAUUGAUGCUAAGACCACUAAACAGGUGGUGAACAACACCAGGAAAUCUAGUGUCACAGACGGAUGGAGGGAAGGUGCAGCAUCAGCAGUGUCCAGUGACUCCGGAGUAUGGACGGGUGGGGAGGGCGCAGAUGGCUCACCGCGCAUGCGUCGGCGUCCCCGUAACCUGGAGAUGGUCAUGCGCAACUCCCAUUGCUUCCAUCUCAGAGAGCUGCAGGUUUCAGACCUUGAUAUUAUGGAUGACGCUCUAAUCACUGGACAAGCAGUAAUACCUCUUCCAAAGCUGCCAAGUUCCUUUGACGACGAGCUGACUCCGGAGUACGAGGUCACACCAGCACCCACGUACAAACCACCAUCUCCUAUCUUACCAAAGCCAACACCAGCAUCAGAAGCUUCCCAGCGACAGAACUCCCCAAUGUCCACUCUAGAACGAUACAGGAAUAGGAACAGACCCACCUUGAUACAGACGAACUUGGAUGAGGAGAAGUUCGUUCUGGAUAGGGCACAGCCUGAAAAAUUGAAUAAACAGAACUCAUUCGUGAAGUCUUCAAGUGGUGUGGUGUCACCUACCACGGUGAACUCGUCGAAGGAAUCCAGUCCAUCUUGCAAGAGUGAGGAAAGUCAUUUCGGGAACAGCAGUGCUUGGCAGAGCCACGCAGCUGGCGAAGCUAUGGCUACCAGAUCUCAAGACGAUGUAUCCUUAGCGCUGAGCGUGUCCAGUUGCGAGGACGAUAAGUCCAAGCUGGAGAACAAAGAAGUUCCAGCUCCGAAGGUGCUGGAGCCGGAGAUACCAAAGAAGACGAUAGUCAUCAUGGAUGAGCCUCCAGUGCCGCACCCGCUGCUCAUGAAGUCUUUGACCAUGAGCCAGCAUGACGCGCUCAGGGGCACUAUGAUGGGUUCAAUGACAAGUUCAAACUACAGCACCACGAGUACCUGCACAAACCAGAGUGGUGACCACCACAACCUCACGCUCACACUUGAAGAUUCCAAAUUCGAUUUAUCAGCUCUAGAAACUUCCACACAAAGCAUGUUGGAUGACGAGACUUCCCCUGCGGACAGCUUGAUAUCCUCAACCAGUACCAGUGACUCUAAUAAUGAGCUGCAGGUGGAAAGAGAUCCUCCUUCAAUAAGUUCGGCGUAUCAGACUGCUAAUACCAAGACUAGGUCACCAGAACCCGUGGUGGUAGAAAAGGAUAAUAUCGAUGGGGAAGCUAUACAGCCUGUUAAAGAAGUAGUUAUUGAAGCAUCCAGGAUCAACGGCGAGAGCGGUGAUGCCAGCAAGAACCCGACUCCAGAAUCGCCAGGAACACCGACACACGCCUCCGGGUCACUAUCCUUGUCUGAUGGACGGGACUUCUUCGACGACGAGAUCGCUGACCAGCCAGCUCUUCUGUUCAGGAAAAACGCAGACGGCAGCCCUUCAAGUAAAACCAUCGAGUCGGACACAAGCAAACAUCUACGAAGGUCAAGGGAAAGAAUAACUUCCAGUCCACUAGUUCAAAGGAAUCGUAAAAUGUGCGGUUUGCGAAACGGCGGCACUGAACGGACGCCGUCGCUGGACACGCUGUCCAGCCUGGCGUCGGACGACCUGAUGAUGGACAACGAUCUGGCACAGUCCAUCACCAGCUUACAGAGCGUCGAUGACUAUAUUGAGAGGUUGGAUAGCUCACUUCGCAGCGGCCUCAACUCGUUAGACGAGAGGCAGCUUCGUCAGGAGCUAUCUUCCUCGAAGACCGCGGUGCGGCAAUGGAGCCAGCUGCUGGAACAGAACAAUAUGCUGGACCGGCAGCUCGCGGCCAUGGCGCAAGGGAUCAACGCUUCCGACUCGCUUACAGCAAGCAACAACAGUCUUUCUAACAUCGGGGCCAGUUUGCCAGUUCGUACAGCGCGGCUUUUGCAGCGCUCUCGGACGCAGACGCCGUCGGACGCUGGCAUCAGUGAUGGCAGCGCGUCGCCUGCGCCCGCGCCCGCUUCGCUACUGCAAGAUGUGGUCGACAUCAAGACACUGCUGCUGCAGCUCAAGCGGGUCUUACAGGAGCCCGGGGAGGAGCAUCAUUCGAUGAGUAGCGAAACUCUCGACCCGUUGCUGGCGGCGUGCGCGGAGAGCCCCGCGCGCGGCAACGGGCGCCGCCCCCCCGCCUCGCCGCUGCACCCCGACGCCUGCGCCGAGAUGCGCCGACAGAUACUCUAUCUGCAGAGUCAGCUGGAGGAGCGCGACCGGCUGGUGCGCGUGCUGCAGGCGCAGAUGCUGCGCAUGGCCGAGACCCACGAGCCGAGGCAGGACGACACCUGCAACGUCGCCACGCAGACCGACCGGUUGCGGCCGCCGAUGAGCUCGGCGUUAACGAGUUCUGACAAUUCCGGAUUAGUGAGUUGGAAUGAACAAGCUAGCGUGAGGAAGCUGCCGUCUUAUAGUGAAGCACAAAAGACUAAGAGACCUGUUACCAACGGGACUGUGAACAAAUGCCAGUGUGGUGUUAGGAAAGUGAACGGACUUGUUAAUGGAGACGAGAAUAUUGUAGACAAACGUGCCGACACCGUGCAGUUGAAGACUAACAGCCGCGUCGGUACUAAGUAUUUGCAAGCCCUCGCGAACUCUGACAACAACCGCCGAUAUAUAAAAAGAGACUCCUCUGUGGGGGACAAAUCUGACCGUAGGGCGUUAUACUCCAACAGAUCUCGUUCGAUAGAGAACUUUCAGAACCAAUACACGACAACAGAACGCACUCUUACAAAGAACAUCGUGAUUGAAGAGCCAAUGAUCAAGCAUCAUACUUCGUACGGUGAUUUGUAUAAUGGCCGGAUCAGUAGCAAGGAGAGCGUCUCCCGGCACAGUCCGAGCCUGACCGGUCAGUCUACCGACACGGACUACAGUUCGGACGGCGGCUACAAGUCUCUGCCGUCAUCCAUAAAUUGUAACACCUCGCCCAAGAAGGUCAGCGGCAUCCCGCGGAGGUCCAUUGAACAAAAAUUCCUUUCCACUAAACAUGUCAAAGCGAGCGCUAUAUGAUGUAUUUGUUUGAGACAGUUCACUUGUGAUAUUAUUUUGAAUCAAUUUGUCGGGCAGAUGUCAGGCACUCAGUAGUUCCUGUAUGAAAGUUUCGCUUGACUUACUUAUUGUUGUUUAGUCCAUCAUUGAGUGUGUGAAGUCUGCCCGCAAUGUGGUGUGACUGCGAUUGUGACGUCCCUGUGACGCCACCAGAGCGCUAGAGCAACGCUUGUUCGCAUUUAUUUCCACUCAUCGUAAAGCUAAUUAAUUAAGCUACAUUUAGUUGAACGAUGCCAAAUUAUAUCGAUGUUACAGUUUGAUCUAAUAUCCUAAAAUCGUCCUAAAGGUUUUAGUUUGACGUGAAAUUUGACAUUUCGUAACCCGAUGCUUAGUGCAUUUUGUUUUAUUGUAAUCAAACGAAUAUUGACCUCCUGUAUUAUACAGUUAGUGGACUACCUUAAACGGGAACUAAUUUUGUAGAUUUAAUUUACAAAUUUGUAUACAGGCGAUAAAGUUAUCUUAGAUUUUCUAUGGUAGACAAACUAGUAAAUAAAGCUGUAAUAUGUGAUAAGAGUGGCUGUAAGACCUUAUAUUUAAUUUAUACCUACAUGAUAUCUUCCCUAUUGUUAAUCACUAAGUAUUACUUAUGUAUCGAACGUCACAUAAUCAAAAUUAACUUAAAUGAAUGUUUUACGACUAUUUAUUUGCUAUGUAAAGUUAUAAGUCCGAGUAGGUAUCAAAUAGGUACAAACAUCACUCGCUUGUAAGGCAUUUUAAAUAUCCAGAUGUCAUUUUAAAGCAUUUGUCGAAUCAAUGUUAUAGUAAUUUAAUGUUAAACUUAGGAAAUCAUAAUCUUCUGCAGAGCCUAACGUUAAGUCCUAUAUUGAUACCUAGAACAAUUUACCUACAUAUGUACUUUAACAGAAAAAUAUAUUUCAAUUACUUGUGUACUUAUGGCUACUUAUAUUUAUCCCAUAUAUUGCGCUUUCCUACGUUAGUUGUGUAAAUUUAAGCCCACUAGCUUUAGUAAAGAUUAUUUAAUUUAAAGAAAUUGAAGUUGUUUCAAUAAAUAAUUUUAAUUUUC